AUGAAUCGGUACGAAAUCGGCCCAAGGGCACGCCCCACGGGCGCGCCCCGGACGCGCGCCCAAGGGACACGCCCGCGGGCGCGUCCCCGCGGGGCACCACGAGGACGCCCCGCGACGAGCACAGCGACGCCCACCGCGACGCCCAACCCAGCCAGGCCAGAGGCAUCAGCGAGCCCCCAUCAGCAGCGCACGACAGCCGAUUCCCGCGCGUGCACGACGCCCAGCAGCACCACGCGCCCACAGGCAACGCCGCGGCGCGGGACAGCCAGCCCAAUCUCAGAGUUCCGCCCGAAGUCUCCUUCAGCAGAGGAGGACAAGCCUCCAAGUUUGUCCCCGAGAGGACGUUCGGCGGAUGCGGCAAGCCAGGAUGAUUGUGAGGACGAGGCUGUGGGUCAGCUCGGCCGCGGCCAGUGCGUGUGGCAGUGGCAGCGCACCAAGGGUGGCUUUCGUAACUACACUGCGGAUCAGAAUGGCCAGAUCGAGAAGGCCUACCAGCGCGGCCAGUCCAAGGUGCGCAUCAAGAGCGGGCAGGAUGGUAAGACGGUGAUGGAGAUUUUCUUCGUCGAUAUGGUCCAGUUGGACCCCAAGUCACGUAACAUCCGGAGCGUUCGCCGGGUUGGUGUCAAGGUUUGGCACGUCGAGUGGAGGCGUCAUGCCCACGCCAUGGCGAGGUCGAUUUUCCAUGGCGGGUCACGCUGGGAGUCCUACGAGAAGUGCAAGAAGCGCCAGCACGGCUUGCUCGGAAUAGGUGAAGGAGAAGAGGAGGGUGACCUGUCUUUCAGUCACCUCGGGCCAGUCGACACAUUUUCCAGUCAAAUUGUUUAUUCUGAAAAAAACCGACAACAUCUGCACUAG